ACAGAAGACUACAUUCAUUUGACACAGCUGCAAACUGUAACUAAAGAUCUUUCAUAGCUUAGUGAUAAGUACAUAUUUUACAAGAUACAUCUUAAGCUGACUAUGUUACAGGAGAUGGUUAGGGAGGGAGUUUGCUGCCUUGACAAGAAACAGUUAACUAUUGUUCAACAGCCUUGAGCCCAGAGGGAGAAUACAUGUCUUAAAGUAGGUAACAGGAAGCACAAGGUUUUUUAAAAAAUAAUUUCCCACAGUUAAGGCACAGAAUUCUGUUAACCCUUUACAGAAAUAUACACGAGUCCUAUCUGUGAAGUAUUUAUUUCGUGCCACAACUACACAUGGCAGCAUACCAAGGGACAACAGCAAGAACAAAUAACAUUUAUUUCCCUCUAUGUCCUUCACAUUGUCUACAAUGAAAAUAGGUAUCUUUUCCAGCCGAGACUAAUAAAGUUUUGUUUUGUUUUUAACAGAAAAAAAACAAAAACAAAACCUUGGGUAGAGUUAACCACCCUUCUGAGGUGGAAGGAGGAGCGCGGGCCUCUGAGCCCCGCCGAGGUUCCAUUUCCAAAGCUGAGUUCUCACGGAUCUCUUCAGGAAGGAUCCCGUGGUGAGCUUCGGAGCCGCCGCACCGGGGAGGGUCCUUAAUCUACUCGCUCCGGGCGUUUCUCACACCGCCCCGCAGAUAUCCUGGAAUAUGAAUGAACGCCCAAGACACAAUCACUGCUAACCAGAGCGCACGGGGACCCGCAGUGGAACCGCAAGUGGGUUUCACACUCAGGCGCAAGGCCCGAGGUUCACAACUACCGGAAGCGGAAGUCUCCGAAGGCAGACUACUGGACGCGGGGCCGGAAGCGGAAGCUAGGCGCCGGAAGUGCGCGCGGGGCUCACAAUGGCUGAACGCGGGCUAGUCGCCUCAGAGUCUCUGGCGGGCUGCAGGCCGCGGGCGGCGCGCACCGUGCUAGGUCAGGUGGUGCUCCCGGGCGAGGAGCUGCUGCUGCCCGAGCAGGAAGAAACCGACGGCCCUGGCGUUGCGGGGGAGCGACCCUUGCGCCUGAACGCCGGGGUGCGCUCGCGAUUGCGCGUUGUGUGCGGCCCUGGCUUGCGGCGUUGCGGCGACCGACUACUGGUCACCAAGUGUGGCCGCCUUCGUCACAAGGAACCUGGCUGUGGCAGCAGUGGCGGCAUUUACUGGGUGGACUCGCAGCAGAAGCGGUAUGUACCAGUGAAAGGAGACCACGUGAUUGGCAUAGUGACAGCCAAGUCUGGAGAUAUAUUUAAAGUUGAUGUUGGAGGGAGUGAGCCAGCUUCUUUGUCUUACUUGGCAUUUGAAGGUGCAACUAAAAGAAACAGACCAAAUGUGCAGGUUGGAGACCUCAUCUAUGGCCAGUUUGUGGUUGCUAAUAAAGAUAUGGAACCAGAGAUGGUCUGCAUUGACAGCUGUGGAAGAGCCAAUGGAAUGGGUGUAAUUGGACAGGAUGGACUUCUCUUUAAAGUGACAUUAGGCUUGAUUAGAAAGUUGUUGGCGCCAGAUUGUGAAAUCAUACAGGAAGUGGGAAAACUCUAUCCACUAGAGAUUGUAUUUGGAAUGAAUGGAAGAAUAUGGGUUAAAGCAAAGACUAUUCAACAGACUUUAAUUUUGGCAAACAUUUUGGAAGCUUGUGAACACAUGACAGCAGACCAAAGAAAACAGAUCUUUGCCAGAUUGGCAGAAAGUUGAUAAAUGUGAACUUCUUUAAUGAGUCAGUUGAACCAAGAAACUGGGUUUCCCAGGAAAACUUUUCAGGUGAACCUCUCCUACUAAAUCUUAAGCAGGCAAGAUGUGAAUGUACGUAUUGCCCAAGAGUGUUAAAUAAAAUAUUUUUAUAAGAAAAGUACUGGUUUUCACUCAUGUUCUUGUAAGAAAAUCCUAAAAUUGUAACUUUUGUUUUAUGUAAUAGUUUACUAAAACAAUACAGUUCACUUAUUGGAAGGUAACAGUUGCAGCUUCUAUUAUGAUCUGGAAGUCAGCAUUAAAAGUUCUUUUCUGAUUACACUAGUGAUGUUUCCCAAAGGAAAUGUAGAAUAUAUAAAAGUACAAAACAAAUCGCCUGUAACCCCUUAUAUAAUAAGAGUAUGUAGCAGUUAAUGAUUCCAUUAACUGCAAAGCUAGUAUGGCUACAAGAGACUUUUCCUCGGUUGAAGAGACUCAGGCACAGAAUUCACUGGGUCUGUACUUUUAACCAGUACAUAUAUGUGUGUUGAACUUUUCCGAUUGGAACUACAGAGUAUCUUUUGCAAUAUACUUUGAACAUUUUACAACACAUUUCUCAUAAUUAUUAAAAACUCAGUAACACUGUAUUUUCAUAGUAUAGGAUACUUUGAAUAUAUUUAGUUUUUUUGUUGUUGUUACCUAAUUAACACAAAUGAUCAGGAUUAUGAAUCCAAGUCUGGCCAAGUCUUAUUUUGCUAAAAGUGUCUUAAAAGCCAAAUAAAAACUAUUUGCUUGCGUUUUGAAUCAAUGAGAAAGGUGUGUAAUACUAUUUGGUAUAGUAACAAAGCCUUUAUAAGUAAAAAUGGAGACUGGGGCAGAUGAGAAAAGUUACGUGGUUUGGGGUCAUAGGCCUCAGACUGAGUUCUAGACUCCCCUGGAGUCCAUUUGGGAUGAAAGAGAUUAUAAAACUCAGUAUGUUAAAAAUGAAUAAACUAUAUUCAAAAGGUUUUCUGAAGCCUGGCUUGUUUUUAAGUAAUGAAAAUAUUGAUAUAAUUUAUCACGUGAUCAUAGUUCCUGAGGGAUUCAGUGGUAAAGGGGUAGAAGGUAGAGCAGAGGUAACUUUUUGGUUCUUCUGUGAUGUAGAAUGCAUUUUCUAAAUUUGCUAAUAGCUAAACUAGUAGGUCAAUUAACUCAAAAGUGGUAGACAUAACUGAAGAAACUGUAAGAUACAAGAAAUAUGUAAUAAUAAAGUUUCGUGGAGCCGGGAGAUGGCUCAGUAGAAUAAGCG